AUGGAAUUUUCCAGCGAGAACAGCCAAAACUCGGCUCCCGGCAGCGUCCAAGCUGCUAAGCUCGGCGGAUCACGCAAGGGACCCGAUGCGCAGAGCGUGACGAAGAGACUGCAAACUGAGCUUAUGCAGCUCAUGACGUCUCCCGCGCCUGGCGUGUCCGCCUUCCCGUCGGCGGACGGCAACAUGCUGUCGUGGACUGCCACCAUUGAAGGCCCCGACGACACGCCCUACGCUGGACUCACGUUCAAGCUCUCAUUCGCGUUCCCGUCAAACUACCCCUACGCGCCGCCGACGGUGCUCUUCAAGACGCCCAUCUACCACCCCAAUGUCGACUUCUCGGGUCGCAUCUGCCUCGAUAUUCUGAAGGACAAGUGGACGGCCGCGUACAAUAUUCAGACAGUACUGCUGAGUCUGCAGAGUUUGCUGGGAGAGCCGAACAACGCCUCGCCUCUGAACGGAGAAGCCGCCGAGCUCUGGGACAAGGACUUCGAAGAGUUCAAGCGCAAGGUAACGGCCCGUCACCGAGAUGUGGAUGACGACUGA